UUCAGAAGUUGGAGGACCGCUGGUGUUUUUUUCCUUUUCCCAGAGAGUCUCUUCCUCUUCUUAUCACUUCAUUUCUACCUCCUUCAUCUUUUUCUCCCUCUCUCCUUUGUGUACUCUGGAGAAGGAGGAGCUCAAUACCAAAGUAAAGAAGACGGGAUCGUGAUGUCAUCAAAUUUUCACCAAGAAAGACUAAUGGAGAGGAAGAAGAGCACAACUUCAGCUGACAUAGUUUACUUUGCCACCUACAUGGAGGUAGUGUGAACCAAUCAGAGACCUGCUGACAGCUAGCCAUGGACUGCACGGCGGCUAUUUUGAAAGCGUGUGCCCGCUCCAGAGUCAAGUGGUGUUGUCGCGGGCGGUCCAGUGUCCGUCGCUCCUGGGGGCCUAUGAAUGGCUGCGAUUGUGGUCGAGGUGUCUUAGCAGUGGGCUUCGUCAGCCACACCUCAAUCCUCCUGCGGCGCUUGCUGUACGUGUGCUGUUGUCGGUACCAAGAGGAGAGCUCACAGUUGUGUCCCGAUUGGGUGGAUUGUCCAAUCCAAGGAGUAGAGCGAGGACGAAGAGGAAGAAGAGAAGAGGAAGGUGAAGAUGAGGAGUUAGGACCACCCCCCUCAGUAGAUGAGGCAGCCGAUGCCCUGAUGACAAGGCUCGGCUUUCUACUUGGAGAAAAGGCCAUCAGUGGAGAGCCAGGCUCCCCUUACCAUGCCCAGGAUGGACAGAGGAUCUCUCCUUCCUCCAGUCUGGCCAGUAGCAACACCUCACCCUGCUCCACCCUGCACCCCCUCACUGGUGCUGAAGGCAACAAACACGCCUCCCCAAACCAUGCCUCCGUCACCUCCCCCACCUCAACACUGGAGAGCAGAGACAGCGGGAUCAUAGCCACGCUGACGAGCUAUUCUGCUGACUCAGCCGCAGAGAGGGACGAUGGCACUAAGUACCCUGGAGAAUGUUACCAUGGCAACAGCCUCAACCUGUGGCAGCAGGGAGGUCGACCAGUGGUGGCCUCCACUUCAUCGACCAGCGUGGUGGCAUCGGGAAACAGGAACGAGGGUUUUCUAUAUAAGGUGGAGGACAACAUGGCUGCCUCCACUUACAGCCUAAACAAACUCCACCCAGACCGAGGCACUGGCCCCAACCAGUCAUCAGGUUCCACCCAUUCCAUCCCCCUCUACUUCAUGCCUCGCCCUAAUUCGGUUGCUGCCACUAGUUCGGCCCACCUCGAAGACCUAGCUUAUCUUGAUGAGCAGCAGCGACACAUCCCCUCAAGGACGUCCCUCAGAAUGCCUAGACAGAAUUCUGGGAGUCGUAGUCAGCAGGACCACAGAGCGGUUCGUUUCACUCCCUCUCUAAACCUGAAGCCUCUUCACUUUGAGGUUCCUGGUCUCUCGUCUGAUUGGCUGUUCACCGGCAGGGAGUGGCUCUUCCAAGAAAUGGACACCUGUCUCCGCAGUGAUGAUCCAGUAACCAGUCGGGGCGUGAUUAUCAUUGGCAACAUGGGAUUUGGCAAAACGGCCAUCAUUGCUCGCUUAGUGGCACUUAGUUGUCAUGGCAACCGCAUGUGGCCAAACACUUCUAGCAUACACAAAUAUGUGGAGCCUGCUUCUUUUUCCCAUGAUUCCCUGGGAAGAGGAGGUGGAGGAGGAGAUGAAGGAGGAUCAGGAGAAAGCUGUCCAGGUACACCAGAAAUGAGGAGGAGACAGGAGGAGGCGCUGAGGAGGCUGGCAGGACAGGUAGUCUCGUAUCAUUUCUGUCAGGCCGACAACUGUCACACCUGUUUGGUUCCGGAGUUUGUCCACAACAUGGCAGCGAUGUUGAGCGAUGCCCCUCAGCUGACCGCCUAUCGGGAACUGCUGCACCGGUCGCCACAGCUUCAGAGCAUGCUCAGUCUGCGCUCCUGUAUCCAGGAUCCAAGCUCUGCCCUUCAGAGAGGAAUACUUGAACCACUUGAUGCUCUCCACAGAGAAAAUAAAUUGCAUAUAGAGGGGGCGGGGCUUAUUGUACUGAUUGAUGGACUAAAUGAGGCAGAGUUCCACCGGCCAGACUACGGAGACACGCUGACAUCCUUUUUGUCCCGAACCAUCCAGAAAUUUCCUUCAUGGCUGAAGGUCAUUACCACCAUCAGGACCGGUCAACAGGACAUCACUCAUUCUCUACCUUUUCACCGCAUCUCUUUAGACAGAAUGGAUGAGAAUAACGCCAUAGACCAGGACCUGCAGGGUUACCUAAUGCAGCGUAUCAACAGCAGCUCUGAGAUCCAAAGCAAUGUGUCACUGAGCAACGGCCGCCUUGACAACACAGCGCUUUCCAAACUGAUCAGCCACCUGAAGAGCCUGAGCAGAGGCUCAUAUCUGUACCUAAAACUGAUCCUGGACCUGAUAGAGGGCGGAUACCUUGUCCUGAAGAGCUCCAGCUUCAAGGUGGUUCCUGUGAGUCUAGCAGAAGUUUACCUGCUGCAGCUCAACAUGCGCUUUCCCACCCAGUCGUCCUUUCAGAGAGUUUUACCUCUGCUCAACGUUACUGUGGCAUCGCUGCACCCGCUGACUGAGCAGCAGCUGUUUGAGGUGGUGAAUGCCGGUACCCUGGUGGGAGGCUCACUGCAAUGGGUGGAGUUUUCACAGCGCCUGGAGCAGCUCUCCUCGUUCCUGUUACGGCGCAGCGACGGCAGCCGGAUGCUAAACCACACCUCCUUCAGGGAGUGGCUCAUGUGGAGGGAGGAGGGGCAGGAUGACAGGUUCCUCUGUGAUCCCAGGAGUGGCCACACUCUCCUGUCCUUCUGGCUCUGCAGACAGGCAGGAAAGCUGACCCGACAGCAGACACUGGAGCUGGGACAUCACAUCCUGAAGGCUCACAUCUACAAGGGUCUGAGUAAGAAGCUCGGGGUUUCCUCCUCAGUUCUGCAGGGACUGUGGCUGUCAUACAGCACCCAGAGCCUGAGCCCUGUUCUUGCAUCACUGCGCAACCUCUACACCCCCAACAUCAAGGUGAGCAGAUUGCUGAUUAUGGCUGGAGCUGAUGUGGAUUACUGUAGCGAUGUCCUCAACAGCGCCCCCCUGCUGUGUGUCCAUGCUCACCUGGGCCACGCCGAUGCUGUAGUGCUGCUGCUCGACCAUGGAGCUCAGGUGAGUGCUCAAUCACAUGACGGUUUGACUGCACUGGGAUUCGCCGCUGCAGCUGGUCACCUGGAUAUUGUCACAAUGCUGAGUCAGCACAGAGCCAAGGUGGGUCACGUGGACGGCUCCGGUCGGUGCGUGCUGGUUCACGCAGCCCAGCGAGGCCACCUCGAGGUGCUGCGCUUCCUGCUGAAGAGGGCAGACUGGAGUUGCACUAACUGCUGUGGCCAGAGGGGGGUGAGCAGGAGCCAGGCGGUGCAGCAGGGUCUGACUGCUGCAGCCAGCAUGGGACAUGCAGAGAUGGUGUCAUACCUAUUGGACCUUCCAGAGGAAGAUGAAGAAGGGGAGGAGAGACCUGAGAUCAACACAUAUGACAGUCUGUGGGGAGAAACAGCUCUGACAGCAGCAGCAGGACGUGGCAGGUUGGCUGUCUGCAGGCUGCUGUUGGAUCAGGGGGCAGCCGUGCAGCAAGGCAACAGGCAGGGUGUCACUCCACUUUUCAGCGCAGUGAGACGGGGUCACUGGCAGGUGGUGGAGUUGUUACUCAGUCAGGGGGUGGAGGUAAAUAUGGUCGACCAGCAGGGGCGAACAGCUCUGAUGACUGCAGCCUCAGAGGGACAUAUGAGCACUGCCCAGCUGCUGCUGGAUCAUGGAGCUUCCCUCGACCAGACCGACCGGGAAGGGCUAACGGCGCUGAGCUGGGCGUGUCUGAAAGGCCAGCUCUCAUUGGUCAGAGAGCUCGUGGAGAGAGGAGCAGCCACAACUCACGCGGACCGCAAUGGACGGACACCUCUGGAUCUGGCUGCAUUCUGCGGUGACCCAGAAGUGGUGCAGUACCUUGUGGAUCACGGUGCAUCAGUGGAGCAUGUGGACUGCAGCGGGAUGCGCCCUCUGGACCGAGCAGUCGGCUGCAGGAACACUUCGGCAGUCAUCGCACUACUGAAAAAGGGGGCCAAAAUAGGACCAGCAACCUGGGCCAUGGCGACCUCUAAACCAGAUAUCUUAAUGGUUCUGCUCAGUAAAUUGAUCCAAGAAGGAGAUAAAUUGUACAAGCAAGGUAAAGUGAGGGAAGCUGCUCACUCAUAUCAGUCGGCUCUCCAGAAGUUUCCAGGAGACGAGCUGAAGACGUUCAGGCAACUGAGAGUGUGUGUGCUGCUCAACCUGUCACGCUGUCGCCGCAAAAUGAAUGACUUUAACCUCGCUGAGGAGUUUGCCACCAAGGCUCUGGAGCUAAAAGCCAAAUCUUACGAAGCCUUUUAUGCCAGAGCCCGCGCCAAACGCAGCCGCAGACAAUUCCAUGCUGCCUUGGAGGACCUGAUUGAGGCCAGCCGUUUGUGCCCAUCCAACCGAGAGAUCCAGCGCCUGCUGUCUCGGGUCAAGGAAGAGUGUCGCCAGGCUUCACAACAAAAAGACACUCAGCCUCCUUCAUCUAAUCACAUCUAUCAGCAAAACAUGUCCAUCAGCGACGCCAGGUCUAGAGAUUCGGGUUUACAGGUACAGGACAGGGAAGGGCUUACAGAGGAAGAGGACGAAGAGGAGAAAGAACCAGAGUGUAGUCUCAGGGAAAGAGACUCCUCUCCCUGUCACCUUCAACCUGCGGUUCAGAGUCUUGACACCCGCUGCCACUCCGGGGUGCCAUCACCCUCCUCCCUCUCCCCUACUCAUCUGUAUCAUCACCUCCCCAGUCCCACACACUCAGCCUCCCUGUCUUCACCCAGUCACUCUGCACAGCCCCCUUCUUCCGCCCCCUAUCACGAUUUCAGCCCUCCUUCCUCCCUAAUGCAACAUCAGCAGCAAGCUGGCAUAGUGUCUGAAAGUAUGCCUGCAUUGUCAGAAAGUGGAGGUGUACAACACUAUCCACAGUCUGAAUUAGAUCACAACCAGGGAGUCCAGCGUCACCACCAUCUAGCCAGUCAGAGGUUCCAGAAGCAGAACCCUGUCCAAGGCCAGUGGCUCCAACCAGCCAAAGCACAAGUGGUCAGAACCAGUCAGCCCAGUGCCUCUACCCACUCCAGCAUGGUUUUGGGAAGUUCUGCCUACUCCCAGUUUGCCCAUCUGCCCAAAGAACUAGCAGAGCUGGGAGAAGGCUUUUGCCCAAAUCCCAUGGAUGUCAGGCCUAGCCCGCUGGCCCAGCCUGGUCUGAGCUCUGGAGCUGAAGAAGAUGUUGACCUGGUUUGCCAGGUCAGAGCUACAUCUAGCUAUGGAAAAGGAGCAGGAGCUGAGAGGGCAGGUGUAAGCCGUUUUGGCCAGUCCCGUCAGUUCAGCCGCAACCAAUCCAAAGCAGCCUACUACCCUUUGGAGGUUACAGAGGCAGCAAUGGGGCCUCCUGAUAGGCUUCAGUCAUCACAUGAUUAUCAGUAUCAACAACAGGGCGGUCUCCGACGUCCACUCAGUGCCCACCCAACCUCCUCCUCCUCUCAUCCCCCUAGGCCUCUCAUCCACUCCCAGAGUGUCAGCGUCCGUUUCUCCCCCAGCAGUGGUAGCCUCACUAGUGGACAGCCAGCUAAUCUUGGGCCAGGCUUUAGGACGUCAGCCUCCGCUCAGCACAUGGAUCUACCUUCAGAUCUGGCCUCUGCGAGAAGCAUUAGCGGCUACCACGAUGAUAACUUCCUGAUCUCCUCUCCCCAGUCAGAAAUAUGCAUGGCAGGAGGGGGGACUUAUCCUGGAGAAGUGGGGCGCUCAUCUAGGAACACUCCUUUUAUGGGCAUAAUCGACAAGACAGCAAGGGUGCACCAGCAGUAUCAGCAGCAAGCUCCUUCCAGCUCAGCAUCCUGCCUCAGUCCGUCUCGCUCCUGGGCCGUGUCUUCAGUGGACACAGUUGUAACUUCGCCCAGCAAAAACCCUCCACCACCCCAGCUCUCAUCCUUCGCCUACCACAACCGCAGCAACAACAAUGCUCACAAUGGUCACGUCUCUUAUGAUAACCAGUUGGACUUUCAUGAAGUGACACCAGGAAAUGUUCAUCAGGGUGAGGGCUCCAUGCAGGUUGCCAGUCAGAAUCCCUCCUACACGGACGUGAAAGUGGCUUUGACACUGCCCAUGAUCCACAGCUGCUCGGACAGACCGACUGAGAGACGUACAGGUCCUACCUCUCCGGUGAAACCAAAAAGACCCUUUGUAGAGUCCAAUGUGUAGAGACUAUACAACAACUUUAAUGAAAAGUGGUAUAAAGGAAGUCAGUGUACCCACAAACUGGAUGGCUUAUUACUGAAUCUGUUCUUGAAACAAAGAAGUCCCUAUAACAUUAAGUUCCUACGUUUAGUACUUGGAAUGUUUCUAAGCCCAAGACACAAAAAACUUUGGGUUCUGGGUAAAAGCAUUUGUUUUUAUUAUUUGGUUGUUUUUGUUACUAUGCUUCAGAGAACCUCUGGUCAUUUGUUAUAUGAAGUGCUUGCUGUUUGUCGGUUUUGGAAAGACUGCCACCUCUUCUUAAGCAUACUGACUCCUUCAUUGUGCAGAUCCUUAACUUACAAGACUGGCAUGGAAUAUAUUCCUCAUUAACAGACUAGAUCUGUCUGUUGAAAGUGGAAGAUUAACAGGUGUUCACUUCACAAAGCACAAAAACGGAGAGGAAGAUUAAUAAUAAGCCCAAAUUAUUACGCCCUGUAUUCCACUUCUUGCACAGUUCUGGCUUGAAGUACAUUUUAAAACUGCAGUUCAAGUUUAGACAGGAGGGGAAAAAGCACCACUAUUACCUUUGCCUGCUGCCAGCGCCUUUAAUAAAGAUUUUCAUUUCAAGUUUGAACCGCUUAAAUGACACAGCGACUGGAAAUAAACGGAUGGAUUGAGGUUCGAAACAUUGUGCUAGUCAAAUACUGGUCAGUGACCCUAAUCCAAGCCAUAGUUUGAGAAACUACGAAAAUGCUGUCAUUGAAAAAGCACUGACUUUAAAAAAAAAAAAAAAAAAAGUAUUUAUCUUUUUUUAAGUUAUGUCUGUAUUAAACUGUAAAAAAAUGUUUGUUUUUCUUUUUAAAACUGUAUUCCAUUUGGGAUAUGGCUUCAUGUUUAUUUCCGGAGGUUCUCUGUCAGAACAUGUAAACUGAACCUUUAGAGCAAAGUUCAGAGUUUCAUGUUGGGUUAACAUCUAUUAAUGUCUGGGUACAAUUAGAACUGCAUCUUGUACAGACUAGAUUUUGGGGCGGUGGGUUUUUGGUUUUUGUCGUUUCAGUCUUUUUCUGUGUUCUAUAAAGGCCUUUUAUAUUCUGUAGUCCUAAUGGUCUAAUUAUGCAAACCGCAGGAUCCCAACUGAUACACCAGGGCUCUUCAUACUCAUUAUGUUGGAACGUUUUGCUUGUGUGCCCUUCGAGCUGCUGUCAGUAUUUCUUCAUUCUCCAGUAACUCUUCAUUGACUGGUUGCCAACUCCCUCCUCUGACCUUUAACCAGGCUUGACAUGUAAUUUCUCAAUAUUUUGACUAUUGUUCUCAACAAUGUGCAUUUCAACACUUUGGAUGAUGUUGUAUGGUUUUCUUGCCUUUCCAAAGAGUCCUGUGUAAAUUGCAAAUGAAAUAAUCUAUUUAUGUGCUCUGAAAUGAGCUUAAUUUAUGAAGCUGCCAAGCUAAUUAGUUUACCAGCAACAGCUGCCACAGAGCCUUACUUAUGAGGCCCAAAAGUGUACAAGUAUUCAACUAUGACGUUCCUUCACUGUACUAUGGGUUAAUUUAAACAAAGAAAGUUCAGUUCACACUGAGGAAAUCCACUGUGUAGUACAGUAUUUCAGAACAGUCUGGAAGCUAGUCCUGGAUCAGAAUUUAGAGCAACAUCACUAACUUUUACUCACAACAAUUAGCAUACGUAACUGUGUUUGCAUCUCCUCAGAUCAAGCUGUGAAGUUGUUCCUCCAGUUGUUUUUCUGUGCUUGUUAUAAAUGCCUCUGCUUAGAAAGAAGUUUAAAAAUCUUAAAAAAUUAACUAAAGCUCCAACAAAAUUUGAAGAAAUAACUGCUAUGACUUUAUCUCCAAAAUGUGUGUACUGUGUUGGAGAGAGUUGUACGAGAGCCAGGUCGUACUUUCAUGCGAAAUCAAUGUGUCUCACUAGUGUAAUCUUUAUUUAAUCAGGGAAAAGAACAUGUUCUUAUUUACACUUGUGGUUUAGGAAAAGGCAAAGCCUCUUGAGGAAAUGAGGGUAGAACUAAAAAGAAACAAGAAAAUUCAAAAGAACGGCAGUACGCGUACACAUCACUGCUGGUAGUGAAACCUUCAGUUAAAAUUUACAAAUGGCAAUUCCAAAAAAAAGAAAACCCUGUUGUAUCUCAUUGCUUAUACCAUUCGUAUUUCACUUCAGGAAUUUCCAGUAGAUUAUGAAUAAAUUAUUUGUCUGACUUGCUAAAUUUUUGCAAAGAAUUAUAUACAUUAAUCAUUAAUUUGCCCUUAUAAUUUUUAUCAACAAUGUUUCUGUUUAUGUGAUAUUAGUAACUGGGUGUCAGCAGUGAUCUAGCCAGAAAAACUUCACAGUCCCUGGGUAUUGAACAACCGCUUGCUAGUGCUAAUAGCUAAUUAUACUAAUAGAUAAUUAUGGUAAUAAUGAACAGUUUCAGUAAAGAACCGGUGAAAUUCUCAGCCCAGUGCAACAGUACCUGAGGGCUAGAACCCUGGAACCCCAAGAACUAUCAUACUAUCAUACCUUAGAUGCUAGGGCUAACAAGUGCUCCACUGCAAAGCAAGAACUAUGCUGUUUCUUCUUCUAACGAGGUCACCAUCUACUUCAGAUUCUAAAAGUUUGCAAUUUUCAGCACAGUAUCGUGUGAAACCAUCAAGCACAUAUUCAUGGUGUUUUUUUUAAAAGGUUCUCCUUGCAAACCAGUAGUUUAGCUUGCUGGGUAAAGCAGAUAAAAUGGUACAUUUUCAUGGUAAAGGCCACAGUUUGCUGCUUGUCUAGCUUGGUAAGUAAUUAAGGGCCUGUCAUUAAAAUAAAAAGUCUGAAAACUGAUCAAGACUCAAGUUAAUUACAAGGGGAGCCGGUUAGCUAAAUAGUCAAUACGGGGACAAAUUUGAAAUAAGACACGUAUUCAUAAAUAAGGAUCAGGCUUUUAUCUUUAAAAAUGUUUUUUAUCCACAUGAAUGCCAGUUUUUGUACAUUUCUUUUUAUGUUUUUUUCCAUUGAAUCAACGUCUCAGUUGCUGAUGGAAUGUGUGACCUCUGACCUCUCUGUCACAGUACAGCCUCUCUGACCACUGCCCUUGUACUGCUCAGGAGACUGCUGCUGUCAGAUGAUAUUAGCAAUCUGAUGCUCAAACAAUUAAAGUGGAAACAGGUGUGACAGCGCAUCAGUGCUUCUUUAAAUGUUCCAUCAGCUCAGUGACACGCGUGUCAUCUGUUAGCAAAGCUGUGUGGUGCAGUGCAUGUAGGAUGUUUGCCCUCAGUCUGCCUGAAACACCACGCCAGAACAGAGCCAGGUCAGUGCGCACUUUGGGCUCUUUUGUAGUGUGUAAGAUGAGUUCAAAUUUAAAACCGAGGAUGGUCACAACAAGAAGAGCUUCAUUAUUAAAAAAUUCAAGCAACAUGAAUGUGGUUUUUUUUUUUUCUUUGGCUCAUGUAAAAUCAGUGAGUUAGAAAGAAGAAUAAAGCUGAAUGAAACAUGGA